AUGGCCAUCUUAUUAAGUAGGUCCCUACAGACAGCAAUAACCACCCGUGAGUCCCUGUAUGCCUCCAAGCAGGCCCUGCGCGAGGAUGAACUGGUAGUAUUCCUUGCAGAGGCUGGUCAUCAUGACGGAGAAGACGUAGACGAUGGCGGCCGGCGGGAUGACGACGCCGCCAUAGCGAUCGAACAGCGGGCCGCCAAACAGGCUGCCGAUGAAGAUGAAGAAGAGUUGCAGCGAGCCGAUCCAUGCGAUGCUGGAGUCGCUGUGGUUCUUGAGCUGCAUCGCAUCUCAUCUCAUUUUCAAGGCUUCUCAGCAGACAAACCCAAAAGAAUUGAUGUAGCCAAACGUGCAGAACAUGGCCCCGGCAUGGCCUGCCGCCACCGACCAGGCGCGAAGGCCGCCCUCAGGGAAGUCGAGCGGAGCAGCCUUUUCGAGACUGCUGUCGGAAGGGACCUUCUCGGUGUCUGCCGACACUCGGGGGGUGCUUUCGCCGUGAAGCAGCCCAGCUGGCUGACUGGGAUGGGCGUCAGUGUACGAUUCAGAAGCCAUGGCAGUCUCGUAUUGAAGAAUGCUCGAGUGGACAAGCUGGUGAAGACCCCCGACGAGGACGCUCGCAGGCGGUUUUUAGGGCUAAUUUCCUUCCCGGGAUAUCGGUCUAUUCGGGGGAACUGGACUUUCCAGGAUGUGAGAAGAGGACUGCAGAAUCCAGUGACUGGAAUUGAAUAUCGAAUAAAAAUUGCAACCGAACCCAAUGCCAUUUUCAAAUCUGGACCCUGGUAUGUACUUAAGCAGGCAGAAGAUUCUCUGCUUCACGCUAGCUGGGCUGUGAUCAUCACUAUUAUUGUAUUCAGUAUUAGAUUAUCAGUCUUUUGCGUUUGCGAGGAGGCAGGCCGAUGGACUCAGGGCCUCCUGCAGGUCCACGAGCGCCAAGCAUUGUUGCGGCGGAAGUCAGUCGGGACUCAAUUUGCAUCUGAUAGAGAGACGCCGUGGCAUGAUAAUGAAAUGAGCUCGCAGUCUCGCGUGUUUGUUAUUGCUAGACCACCUGACUUGGCUAAAAGAAUACCUGACAUUCGCUCUGCUACUACAAGCACAUAA